AUGUCGAGCGGAGAGGGCGAUGCUCCGAGGACGGAGCCCGAGGAGGACGAGGGCAGCUUCGAGCCAGGCGCGCCGACACCCGAAGCCGCGACGGGCGCUGAUCGCAGCGCGACCGCAGAGGCGAUCGCAGCGCCGGAGGCUGUGUCCGAGUUGAAUUUCGACGAGCCAGAGGUCUUCGCGCGCUCCCGGGGCCUGCCGCCGCCUGUGGCGCCCAAAGUGCCCAGCCUGGACGACCCCUCCAAUGACUUGGAUGUUCCCUCGGAGCUGCCUGCGACGGCGCCUUCUGCGCUGAUCCACGCCCGGAGCCUCUUUGAGGAUAAGCACUCACUGGGCGACGCGCUGUCGCUGGAGGCGGUGAGGAAGCUCAUGGCCGGCCGGCGCUUGCAGACCGCCUUGCGCCAGCUGCCGACGAACCCGACCCGGAGCCCAGAGGCCUCGCUGCUGCGGCUGCGGUGUCUCGUCCACCUGCGCAAGUACAAGGAGGCGGAGGAGGAAGCCUUGGGCUUGCCGGAGAAUUUCGAGGCAGAGCUCCUGGGCGCUCAGUUGCCCUGGCUCCGGCGCUAUGAGAGGCGCCCCAGCUUGCCUGUGUCAACGGGCGCCACGGACGCGCAGAGGGAGGAGCGAGAAGAGCGGGAGAAUCAGAUCCAGAGCGGGAAGUAUCAGACGAUGCUCCGACUGCAGGCUCUGGCGCGCCGACCCUGCCCAGAGCCGGAGCUGAUGCUGCAACUGCUGCAGGUGCUGUCGAACGUGUCCUUGGCCGCGGGCCACGGGCGUAUCGGCGCCGAAGAGAUCCAUCGGAGUCUGACGGAUGAAGCAGGCGUGGACAAGCGACAGCUCUGGUCGCUGCUAGGUCGGCACCACCUGGCCUGGGGCAAUCGCGGGGCGGCGUUGGACGCCUUCGCCAAAGCUCGGGAUCUCCCCGGCGAGGCGUGCUUCUCAACGAUGGCCUAG